GAAAGGUGAGCACUGAAGAAUUGAUGCUUUUGAACUGUGGUGUUGGAGACUCUUGAGAUUCCCUUGGACUGCAAGGAGAUCCAACCAGUUCAUCCUAAAGGAGAUCAGUCCUGGGUGUUCACUGGAAGGACUGAUGCUGAAGCUGAAACUCCAGUACUUUGGCCACCUGAUGUGAAGAACUUCGACUCAUUGGAAAAGACCCUGAUGCUGGGAAAGAUUGAAGGCAGGAGGAGAAGGGGACGACAGUGGAGGAGAUGGUUGGAUGGCAUCACUGACGCAAUGGACAUGAGUUUGAGUAGGCUCUGGGAGUUGGUGAUAGACAAGGAAGCCUGACAUGCUGCAGUCCUUGUGGUCACAAAGAGUCGGACAGGACUGAAUGAAUGAACUGAGAGACAAGUAGUUUUCAGAGUAUGUUUAUUGGAUAAAUCAGUUUUAGAGGAAAUGGUAAACAUCAGUGUUUGACAUUAUAUCUUCUUGACAAGACGUGAUUAUAUUGAUUAAAUCAGAUAGUAUCCAUCUGUACUGUAAUCCUGUAAAUUAUCGCUAUCUGUUACCCUAUGUGGCCCAUUGGAGAAAUCUGCAUUUCCAUUGCAUGACUGAAAAUGAGUAUGAAGAUGAGGAAGCUGCAGAAGAAUUUAAAAUUGCCAGCUUUGUGGACAUGGUUCGAGACUGUAGUAGAAUUGGCAUUCCUUAUAGUUCCCAAGGUCACUUGCAGAUAUUUGAUAUGUUUGUAGUGGAGAAGUGGCCUGUUGUACAGGCCUUUGCUCUUGAGGGCAUUGGAGGAGAUGGAUUUUUUACCAUGAAGUACGAGUUGCAAGAUGUGAGUUUGAAUCUAUGGAAUGUCUACAGCAAGAUGGAUCCUGUGUCCCUGGAGAGUUUGCUUUCUGAGGAUUUGGUGGCUUUUGAAUAUCAGUGGACUAGCUUCUUCGCUAAUUUUGACACAGAAAUUCCCUUCUUGCUAGAACUGUCUGAAUCUCAGGCGGGUGAGCCAUUCAGAAGUUACUUUAGUCAUGGAAUGAUCUCCAGUCAUAUAACUGAAAAUAGCCCUAAUAGGCAGCCAUUCGUUCUCUUUGGUAAUCAUUCCACGCGAGAAAACCUCAAUGCUGGCAACUUUAACUUCCCUUCUGAAGGGCACCUAGUACGCAGCACUGGUCCCAGUGGGAGCUUUGCCAGACACAUGGUAGUACAGUGUGUUUCACCAAAGGGACCCCUGGCUUGUUCAAGAACAUACUUUUUUGGAGCUACUCAUGUUCCUUACUUGGGAGAUGACAACAAACUGUCCAAGAAAACUGAACAAAUUAGGCUCUUGUCACAGGUAUAUGCUACUGUUAUUGAGGCUGUUUUGGCUGCCAUUGCAUGUUAUGCUAAAACUUCCAGUCUCAUAAAGGCCAAGGAGGUAGCUGAGCAGACCCUGGGAUCUGGGUUAAAUUCCGUUGAGUUGAUGCAGUUUAAGACAGCUCUACGCUCCAAGAUGGCUUUUCAUAUACAUGCUGUGAAUAAUCAGGGAAGAAUCGUGCCUCUGGACAGUGAAGAUAGCUUAUACUUUGUGAAGACGGCUUGUAUGGCCAUCUAUGACAUUCCUGACUUGCUGGGAGGAAGGGGGUGCUUAGGAUCUGUGGUGUUCUCAGAAUCAUUUUUGACAUCUCAGAUCUUGGUUAAAGAAAAAGAUGGCACUGUUAUCACAGAAACCAGCUUUAUAAUCCUGACAGCUGCCAUACCCAGAUUCUGCUCCUGGCUGGUAGAAGAUAUUGAAGUAAAAUUGUCUGAGAAAACCCAGCAGUCAGUUCUGGGAGAUGAGUGUUUCCUGGGUACUUUUCUAACUAGAGGAGAAGGAGCAUAUCUUUAUUCUAGUAAUUCACAAUCUUGGCCUGAAGAAGGCAAAAUACAUUUCUUCUCUAAUGGCCUUCUGUUUUCUGAUCGUCAUCACGGAAAUAUCAUCAUUUCCAAGGACCACAUGAAUUCCAUUUUGUUCUAUGAUGGGGAUUCCACCAGUAUUGUUGCUGCCCUUCUGAUAGACUUCAAAAGUUCAUUGCUUCCCCAUCUUCCAGUUCAUUUCCAUGGAUCAAGCAAUUCUCUGAUGAUUGCCCUUUUCCCCAAAUCCAAGAUAUACCAAACAUUUUACUCAGAGGUCUUCUCCCCCUGGCAACAGCAGACUAACUCAGGGCUGUCUUUAAAAGUGAUCCAGGAAGAUGGAUUAUCUGUGGAACAAAAGAGAUUACACUCCAGGGCACAGAAGCUCUUCAUUGUCCUGAGCCAUUCUGCUGGGGAGAAACAGAGUCCUCUAAAGCUCCUCUCAGCUAAACUCCCAGAGCUGAACGGGUUUCUCCAGCAUUUUGCUGUCAGCAGCAUUAGUCAGGAACCCGUGGUGAGGACCCAUCUCCCUGUCCUACUGCAGCAAGCUGAAAUCAACCCUAUUCACAGAGUAGAAAAUGACAAGGUAAUUAUCAGCAUUGUAACUGGUCUCCCAGGCUGUCACGCUAGUGAACUCUGUGCUUUUCUGGUCACUCUGCAUAAAGAAUACGGCAGGUGGAUGGUAUACCGUCAAGUCAUGGACAGCUCCGAAUGUUUUCAUGCUGCCCACUUCCAGAGAUACCUUUCCAGUGCCCUGGAGGCCCAACAGAAGCGCUCUGUCCGCCAGUCAGCCUAUAUCCGCAAGACGACCAGACUACUGGUGGUAUUACAAGGCUACACAGAUGUUAUUGAUGUUGUCCAGGCCCUGCAGACCCAUCCAGACUCAAAUGUCAAGUCCUCCUUCACCAUUGGUGCCAUCACAGUGUGCGUGGAGCCGCUGAGCUGCUACAUGGAGCACAGAUUUCUCUUUCCUAAGUUUCUUGACCAGUGUUCGCAAGGCCUGGUUAGUAAUGUGGUAUUCACCAGUCACACUAUGGAGCAGAGGCAUCCUCUCCUUGUUCAGCUGCAGAGCCUCAUCAGAGCUGCCAAUCCUUCUGCAGCCUUCAUUCUUGCAGAAAACGGGAUUGUCACCAGGAAUGAAGACAUUGAACUGAUUCUCUCAGAGAAUAGUUUUUCAAGUCCUCAGAUGCUACGAUCUCGAUAUUUAAUGUACCCUGGCUGGUAUGAAGGUAAAUUUGAUGCUGGAUCAGUCUUCCCAUUGAUGGUUCAGAUCUGUGUAUGGUUUGGUCGUCCCUUGGAGAAGACUCGCUUUGUGGCCAAGUGUAAAGCAAUUCAGUCCUCCAUCAAGCCGAGUCCAUUCUCUGGAAACAUCUAUCACAUCCUGGGCAAAGUGAAGUUCUCAGACUCUGAGAGGAUGAUGGAGGUCUGCCACAACACUCUGGCCAACUCCUUGAGUAUCGUGCCAGUUUUGGAGGGACCCACACCACCCCCUGACUCCAGAACCUCACCUCAAAGCAGCAGCGGGCAGCAGGAAUGCUACCUCGUGUUCAUAGGCUGCUCUCUGAAGGAAGAAAGUGUCAAGGACUGGCUGCGGCAGUCGGCUAAGCAGAAGCCUCAGAGGAAAGCCCUGAAGACCAGGGGGAUGCUGACCCAGCAGGAGAUCAGGAACAUUCAUGUGAAACGCCACCUGGACCCCCUACCUGCAGGCUACUUUUAUAAUGGCACCCAGUUUGUCAACUUCUUUGGUGACAAGACUGAUUUUCACCCACUCAUGGACCAGUUCAUGAAUGACUACGUGGAAGAAGCCAACCGGGAAAUUGAGAAGUAUAACCGUGAGCUGGAGCAGCAGGAGUAUCACGACCUCUUUGAGCAGAAGCCCUAGAGGAAGAAGAUCUUGGAGAUGGACAUUUAAAAGCAGGGUGUCUUAACUUCAGCUCUUCCAAAGGCCUCUCCCUAGAGGGCUGUCUUUGUUCUCCUUGGCCUUUGUGUGCUGCUUGAGUGCAUGUUGUCUUUAUUCUCUAUACAGCGCUGAAGAGCAUCGCCUGCACCACUGAUUUGGCAGCGGGGUGAGGGUGGGGUCCUCAUGGAGGAUGAGCAGACAGACGCUUCCCUUGGUUUGCAGCUGGCAGUCCAGGGCCUCUGGGUUUCUGAUAACAGUAUUUCCUUUGGGCUGUCGCAGCACUGUGUGAGGGUGGGGAGAAGCAUUUGGAUUGCACAGAGUAACUGUUGAUACACAAAGAAUCCUGGCUGCCCAAACUGUGGUCAUGGCUAGGGGGGCCAGGCCACCACAGGCCUCAGGCUUCAGACACUGCCCCAGGAGAGCCUUUCUCCCCAGUGGAAUGCCUGCCUCCCUGGUUCAGCCCCUUCCAUUGAAGGUUUGGUCCCUGUUGACCCUGUGCCCAGUCCUGGAGGAAGCAGCACAAGCCCUGGCCAAUCCCAACCAUCAGAGCCAGCAGCUUGGACUGAGGUCAACAGUUUCUUCUAAAAUGAGGGAAUUUCCCUUAUGUACUAAACUGAGGAGAAAGACUUGUUGCUUUCCAAAAGUGUGGCUUUUGAAUUGACACAAGCAGUCCGCCUUGGGAUUGGUUUUGAGCUCUGCUCAUGUCAUCAGUCUGGUUUGCCUAAUAAUUCUGGGAUGAGAAAAAUUGCUGCUCAGGCCUUGCUGGCAGUGUUUUGCCUCACUCUUAAGGGCACUGUCCUUCAACUGCAUAGUCUUAGGCCCAGGAUUCUGAUCACUUAUGGGACAUCUUCACUUGAAGGGCAUUCAGUCUCUGGCACCCAUACCUCCCCUCAGUCUUGUCAGGGGAGGUAUGGGUUUUCAAACCAACCUUUAGGCAACUCAUGUCCCCAAGCAUCAUUGCUGGCCUUGGACUAGCUUGGCUCCUGAGAACCAGGAACUUCAGAGCCUUCCAAUAUCGAAGUUAGAAUUCCUUCUAGUAGCUUUUUUCCCAGCCGGACUAAAAAGCAGAGGGGAAUUUCAAGUGUAUCCCAUGCCUGACCUCCAGAAUUAGUACAGGGAAGAGAGAGGUCACUAAUGAGAUGUCUGUUAGGACUUCAGCGCCUCAGCUGCCUAGAUUGUAAAUGCUUUCUGAAUUUCACAAUUUUUUUUUUUUUGCAUGCCUUAGAAAGGAGCACAUAGGCAAAACCAGCAAAGUUUUUAGUAAUGUAGAGGGGUUUUUGAGAAAGGGCCCUGGCACAGAGGAGAGAGAAAAAUGACGGAGCACAUGUGAUCUGUCACACAGAGGCCUGCAUGCAAGUAGUAAAGCAAUUGUUAAAGGCUUGCUAGUAAAAUGUACUUAAUGUUGGAAGAAAAUUUGCAUUUGAAGCCAAAUGAACAGUACUCCAAAUACCAUUUAAUAAGAACUCUUGCAUGAAGAAAGGCUUCUGAAAAGACCCAUGUGCUCCAGUCCCAGCUCCAAAGCUGCUGGUGACAAGGGCCCACAUGUGGAGCCCCAGUCUAGGAGCCCUUCACUUCUAGCUGGCCAGAGGCUGGGUCCACAGUAGGCCUUCCUCUGCUUCAGAAUCAAUAACCAAGAUCUUAAGUGCAAUUGAUGAGAUAAGCAAUGAGUUACUGUAGCUUCCUUUAGCUCUACCGAGCUCUUUUUAAAAACUCAAACUUGAGCAGCCUUGUUGGGGGAGGUUGGGGGUGGGGGGACAACAGGCCAUCUGCCUCAGGUAGAUUGCUGUAACACUUAAAUGAAUGCUCUCUUUCUUGGAGCUUGAGCCAUUUCCUGGCUGCUACACAAAAGAGUUUUUAAAGAGGGGUCGGAAGCCCACCCAUAAAAGUGGGUCUUAAACACUGUGUGGGGCUAUACCUCCUGGUGGUCUUGUUUUCUGACCAUUGUCCAUAGAAAUGCUCUCUCACCAACUUGCCCCACUGUCCCAAUUCCUCUCCUGUUAGAGGGGAAACUGUGAUUACCUCAACUUGAAUAUGAAACUGUGAUUGAAAAAAGUCAAAAUGUUAAGUUUCAAAGCCAAAAAGGCAAAACUGGCUGAGGCUUCCACAGACACUCCUCAGCCUGCUUGGGAGUGUGAAGGGCACACUGGCGAAAGGGCAUUCCUUGGGGCACACUGGCUGUGCCCUGGUGAAGAGGCACACUGUGGCGCGCUGCGUGAGCUCUUUGAGAACUGAGACUGGGAGGAUGCUUCCUCCCCACACUGCUCUUUCUGGAACCUUUGGGGCCUCUGGGUUUUUAAUGUGAAGUUUAAUAUCCACUUGAUUCCUCUGGGCACUCCAGGUGGGGGUGUGGUGUCUUAGGCUGUCUCUAGAGGAAGGGCCUUGAUACUGUGUUUGAAAUUUUGACCUUAGAAGUGGAUACCAGGGAUCCAGCAAAGACAUCAGGUUCCCAGGGACAGGCAGAGUUCUCCAGGAGCUUAAUGCUUUUUGCCAACUUUCCUAUUAGCAGCUUCAGUUUUAUAUCACCCCGAGUGAGUGUGAUAAUGUUGAAGUCGCUGAAGUUAUAGGUUAUUUUACAUUUUGAUGUGGGAUUUUUCUUUUUUUUUGAUUGGAAAGAGGAGGCAGAUAUUGGAGAAAAGGGAUCACCCUAUGAAGGGGCCACUGGCAAGGAGCGGCACUGGCCCCACAGAGUCUUGGGGGCUCUGACCUGAGGCCUAGACGCGAGGCCCUGUGGGUCACAAAAGUACCCUCCUAAAUUCUAUUAGGAUUUUGAAAACUUUUGCACAGUAAUAAGCUCUGGGUUUGCUCUUCGGGCUUCUCAAAAGGGAAAAGUUAAAGACUAUAAGCUAUUAAGUAUUCCAGCCAUGUUGCUGACCUAGAUGGAUAGUUGUACCUCAAAAAGUAGGUGAGAAACGGCUUCCUCAUUGUCCCAGGUUGUCAAAUACUAAUGACAGAAGAGCUCACUUACGUGCCAAAAUUGACUUUUAUACUAGUUUUUCAGUGCUUUAAUAUUUGUAACUUAAAUUUUAAAACUAUUUACAAACACUACUGUAACUUCAGUGAAACAAUUGUGUGAUUGAAGCUUUUUGCUUAUUAUAGUAUUUAUUACACUACUUCAGUAAAUAUAUAAGAGUAGCUUUCAAUUUAUUUUUAUAUUAUUUUCAUGUUUUUACUUGCAGUUGUGUAUGUGAAUUUACCUUGUUAACUGAGAUGUAAUGCUAAGGACCAAUAAACUGUCACUGAACAAG